AUGCCCGCCAACAAUGAUCCGACCCUGCUAGUAGGGCCUCUUUCACAAACAUGUCAGCUCCAAGUUCAGAGCGAAAAGUUUAGCUUCACCCCCGUCAAGACCGUCGUCACCCCUCGCGUCUGGGACCGCAAGCCGUCGAAUGCAUUCCUGGCUCGGUCCAAAUCGCGCAAGGUCUGGAAGCGCUUUCGCUCCUCGUUCAACAGCAUGAAGGCUAUACAGCGCCUGGUCGCCGCGUCGCAUGAAGAUGUCGAUGACAGCCUCUUCGCGGAGAUCAAUGUAUCGCGGGGUCUGGGCUUCGUCCGCGGUGUCAAGCGACAAUGUUUUGGGCUGGAGGAUUCCGAUAAGCCAUUAGAUGCCACAGCUACAAGAGGACGGUCGUUUCUUAAGACGAAGUGGGAGUCUGAAGCGACCGGCAGAAGACGAAAACUACCCGCGAAUCACAGCAGCUUCAUCGAGAUUCCGGCCGAGCCCAUGGAGAUGGAUAUGGGAUCGGAAGAUGAUUGUCGUCAUGGGGCAGAUAACGAAGAAUCACGGGAUGCGGCCACGUCAACCGCCGAAAAUACCCACGACACGGACGCAUCUUUUGAUUCGACCCCGGGCACAGCAACGGAAUUAGCUCCGUCGCCAGCGUAUCCCCGCAUGCUGCAUGGCGUGUCCAGCUGUCGCAAUGACCUCACCGGAGACGACUACAACUCGGACUUAAAACCCGCUGAUGAUGCUCAGACCGGCUCUGACAUGGGCCCCGACGAACAAAGUGUCGAAAGUGCAACCCUUAUCGCCGCUAGUGUCGCAACUGCUGAUGAUCGACGAUCUGGACCGUCGGCUGAGAACACAGGCUUCGCUUCAGCUUCUGUGGAGGAUCUAAGCGCAGCACAAGAGUCCACUCUGGUACGAUCGGCAUUGCGCAGCUCGUUGGACGGGGACGAUGCCGAAUUACUCAACAACUUUCUGUUCAAGGCUCAGGCAGCGCGAGCCGCCAAAGCGGCUGCUAUGACGGUGGAGCUGAAAGAGACCAAGCCAGAGACUACCCACUACCAAGAAGUGACCGAGAUGCCGACUCCGCCGUCUCGACGGGUGCUGGAGGAGCUCGACGCCAAUUCGCCCUCACCCUCGAAACCCCAAUUGUCACCAGUGAAAGUGGCUGCGACGGGGAGCCCUACUCUCGACGCUCCGUCCAAAAAGGAUGUUAGUGCCAACGAAGAUGAAAAUCAACAGCCUGCCAGCCCGAUCCGUCGAAGCGCGAGGAACCGUGCUCCCAAGCUCCCUCCACGAACCACCACCCCAACUCUUCGCACCUUGUCCCUCCGUCGCGCAAAGGGCACCGAAUUCGUCUUUCUCCAACGGACAGAAGCCCAGGAGCUGGCACUGACGACACGUCGAAACACGCGGCAGAACCGAGGCGAUGCGGUGAUGCCGAAAUACGUGCUGCAGGCGUUGGCCCAAAAGCAGCAGAAGCCCAGCGUCAAUGACGGCAAGUCUGUUCGAGACCCUGGUCCGAAGCGCACGCCUGGCAAGAAGUAUGUGACAUGGAACGACGAGCGCCUCGUGGAGUAUGAAGGGGACAGUCAAAACAACAACGGCAACAAGAAGGACGGAAAAAGAAAGAGCAACAAUGACAUCGUGGAUGCUGGAGCCAAAGCGACGGUGAAGAGCACCGAUCCCAAGGCGGCCAGCAGUCGCAGCACUCGGUCUCAAAGCUCUGCCAAGACGGGAGAUGAUGAUCCAGUGGCUGCAUCGACUACUGCAGUGGCUUCUGCAAUCCCAACAGGGCGGCGUGUACGGCGGUUGGGGACGUGCAAAGCCAACUCCACUCCCGCUGCAGCCACCAGCACGACCACUGCAUCACUGCUCCCUGCCCCGCGUAGUACUGGCGAGACUGAGAAACGGAAGAAGUUGAUCCCCAAGCCACCCAGCGUGGUUGUAACGGGUACUCCCGUCUCGAAAAAGGCACUGCCUCGCGCCACCAGCAGCAACAACACCAACAACAACAACAAUAAUACCAGCGAUAAGAGCUCCGAUGACUCGACCAGUGGCCGGCUUCUGGGGAUCAGAUCCAAGAACAUCCUCAAGGCACACGCUGGAUCAACACCGAUGCCGAGACGGAUUCAGUCUCGUUCUUGA